CAUUCACGCAUUCCCAGUAAAAUAGGCAGAUUCAGAUUGUACUUCUAGAGACAUUAUAAUAGUGAAUGAAGAGAAGAAACUCAUGCUUAUGACUCUCUGGAAUGAAUUUGAACAUGAUGAAGGGAGCAAAAUAGCAGACAUGAUUAGCACUGCCCCUCUAAUCAUAGCUCUCCGUGUUAAAGUGACCACAUUCAAUAUUUUGUCAUUCACUACAAGGUAUUCAUCUGGAAUUCUGAUUAGUCCUCCACUCCCAGAUGACCUCUCUUUCAAGCAAUGGUUUACUUUGAACAAGGAAGAAAUCCAAAAUUUGCUUAAUGCUAAAACAUACAGUGAUGCUAACUAUUUACUUCCCCCUCCAAAUGAAGAGGAUAUCAAAGCAAUCAGCACUUUUCAAGCAUCAUUUCCAAUUCAAAAGGCAACUUGGGUGCAAGGAACUGUCAAACUUGCAUAUGGAUUCACCAAAUAUUGGACUACUGCUUGUGUGAAUUGUCACAAAAUUGUGAAUGUGAAUGUUGACAUUGACUAGAUCAUUCAUUGUCCUUCAUGCAAACAGCAAAGUGAAGUUAAACUGAGGGCUUUGGAAUAGAUACUGAACUUAAUGAUGCUUUGAAAAAAUACACAGUUGUCUGUUU